GCUGCCCAACGCAGAUGGUAUUGGGCAGCACGCUCCAGCGCGAGUUCCAGAGACCCCAGGUCUUUCGAAGCAUCCUCCAGCAGAUCUUGGUGAAGAAGGGAGGUUUCCUCUGGGCCAUCUCACCGUUGCCCUACCUGGGGCGGUCCAUGAUGGUCGUGGGCCUGGACACCGUCAAGGCAGCGAAGGAAUCACCGAUGCUUCAGGCACUGAGCGCCUCCUCCAAUGUCUACUUUACCAGCUACUUUACGACCUGGCGCCUGGUCCCGCCGGGGGAGCCCGUGCUGCCUGGGCCUCUACUUCGCGAGGCGCUGCGCCACUUCGUCACGGCGACUGGCCGGCCUCCAGAUUCGGUCGUCGUGUUCCGGGGAGGGGCGAGCGAGAGCCAGGAGUCCACCCUGACGGAGCAAGAGGUCCAUCAUCCGACGGAGGGGCUGCUGGUGGCCCUUCACGAUGUGGCGAAGGAGGUGUCGAAAGCAAUGGAGUAUGAGAGCUGGGCUUCGCGGCUGUCGAUUGCCUACAUCAUGGCGCGCAGGAGUGUGAGCACCCGAUUCAUGGCCGAAGACUGCGAGAACCUGCCGAGCCGCAGUCUGACGGCCCAGAAGAACGAAACGAAUGCAACAGAUCAGGACUACAACAACUGCUGCUCGGACAUCGCCAGCUGCAGUGCCGGAGCACCACCUGCCGGAUCGCCGGGCGGAGGGGCGCCCAGCCCUGCCCAUAUCUCCGGACAUCCGGACCCCAGCAAGCAGUACCCAAGCUACCCGGGCUUCACGCUGGCGCUUGUGGAGGAGUUCGACAGCCCACUGGACCUGGACAGCGAUCCAAUUUGGACCUGGUCGGACGGCGGGCUCUUCGAAGGCGAUGUGCGCUUCGUAAAGCAGCAGAUCCGCUUUGAGGACGGCAAGAUGAAGAUCACCGCCACCCAGAACCCUGGCUAUUCUACACAAGCUUGCUCGCACGCUGAGGUGGGGACCGUGGACCACAAGCCGCUAGUGAGCGGCGAGUUCCGUUCCAGAAGAAACAUCUUCCGUUACGGGCGCUACGAGGUUCGCAUGAAGGCUCCGGAUGUGCAGCCCGGAAACCCGGAUGUGGACGGGAACUUCGUUGCCACCAUGUUCGUGUUCCGCGAUGCCAAGUUUCGUCACUGGCGGGAGAUUGACAUUGAGGUCACUGGUGACUCACCCAACUCUGUGACGACCAAUGUGCUCCGUGCGGACAACACAGAGUUUUGGAGACCACAAAUCGCCUCAGUGAGAACGACCAGCGUCCAAGGGAAUGCACGGGCCGAGUUCCACACCUACGGCUUUGAGUGGCUGCCCGACCGCAUCACCUGGUACAUUGACGGCAAUCCAGUGAGGAGCCACUAUGGCGGCAACCCCCCGAUUCCAGACAAGUCGGCCAAGGUCAUGAUGAACUUGUGGAUCUUUGGCCCUAAGGCCAACUUCGGGGGCAAGCAGAUUUACAAUAAUCGCUACCCCAUGACCAGCGAGUACGACUGGUUCCGCUUCUACAAGUGGGACGGUGAGACGACUUACCCGUGCCAAGGCUUCUCUACCUCGUGUCUGUCCAGCGAUGACAGGUAUCUGGACGGCAACAACCCGUGUGAUGGGCAGCCGAUGCUUGGCACUUGGAAGGGCCAGGCCGCAUGCUCCGCAUCCUGCCGAUGA